GUUAUCAAGAAAGAGGAAUCUGAAAAGUCCAGGGAACUGAGUGCAGGUAGAGGAACUUUCUUGCAAAAGGUCAGAACUGCUGCAUUGGCUGCUCUUCCUCUCCCCCAAGGAGGCACCAAGGCCUGCGGAGGGACUGGUGAAUGAGAAACCGGUGUCCCUGGGAUCCUGGCAGGAUUUCUCUGUGACUCUGCCAGCUCCCCUGGCCAUUACUGCCCUGAGCUGCCAGGAGCCUAAGAAGAUGAAGGCAUCCGUGGUUCUGUCUCUCAUUGGCUACCUUGUGGUUCCAAGUGGCGCUGCCGUCAUGGCACGCUGCAGGGUGGCGAAGAAGCUUUAUGAAGGAGGCCUGGAUAAUUUUGAGGGCUACAGCCUUGAAAAUUGGGUAUGCCUGGCUUAUUUUGAGAGCAAGUUCAACCCCAUGGCCAUCUACGAGAACUUGCCUGGUGGCUACACUGGCUACGGCCUCUUUCAGAUCCGCAGCCAUGACUGGUGCGACAGGGGCAAGAACCGCUGCCACGUGUCCUGCUCUGCUUUACUGAAUCCAAAUUUGAAGAAGACGAUUGAAUGUGCCAAGAGAAUUGUAAAAGGAAAAGAAGGUAUGGGAGCAUGGCCCUCCUGGUCCCUGAACUGCCGGUUAGCGGACAAUCUGGAGAGGUGGUUGGAUGGGUGCAGGUUCUAGCUGCAGAGGCGACCCUCACACUCUCCAGGGGCACCUUCCAAAUGAAGAUACUUUCCUGUUUGCGGCCUUCACUCAACCCUGUUGAUUAUCUCACCGCUGGACAGCUCCAGAUGGAAAAGGACAAACGUUUGCUUCAUCCGGGGAUGAGAAAUGCAGAAUAAACCAGCUACUUAUGCAA